AUGCAAGAAUUCCUUGUUGUGCUGGCUCUCGCCUUGCAGGCGGCCGCAGUGUCUUCCUCGCCGUCGUCUCCGUCGCCCGCCCCGACAGGCGCCGUGUACGCCUCCGGGUUCGACAUCACCACCAGCUGGGCGAACCUGAGCCCCUACAAGGACUCCCCGGGCUUCGGACUGCCCAAGGGCGUGCCCCGGGGCUGCGAGCUGUCGCAGGUGCACGUCCUGCACCGGCACGCCCAGCGGUACCCGACGGCGUACCCGCUGGACGGCGACGGGAUGGCCGCCUUCAACUCCAAGCUGGUCGAGUACGCGGCGGCACACCCGAACGUGACGGUCGGCAGGGGGGCGCUGGCCUUCCUGGCGGACUGGGAGUACGUGAUGGGCACCGACACGCUGCUUGCCAGCGGUGCGGCCACCGAGGCCACUUCGGGGGCCGGUCACUGGGAUCAGUACGGGCGCGCCCUGUACCGGGCCGGGGCCGGGAUGGCGGCGUGGAACGAGUCGUUGAACGUGUUUCCCAACGGGACGGCGAGGCCCAAGCCGGUCUUUCGCACCACUUCGCAGGCGAGAAUUCUGGAGAGUGCUCGCUGGUGGUUGAGCGGCUUCUUUGGAAAUGCUGGAGCGAACAGUUCGGCCGACUUGUACGAGCUGGUGAUCAUCCCCGAGACGGACCCCUACAACAACACGCUGGCUUCCUACGACUCGUGUCCAGGCGACAUGUCGGAGGGCGAUGACUCGGCGGAGGUGUUUGUGCCGCGAUACACGCAGGAUGCCCUGGCGCGGCUGUCGGCGCUGCUGCCGGCCGACUUCAACCUGACGACGGCGGACGUGCUGGCGAUGCAGAACCUGUGCCCGUACGAGUACGCGACGCUGGGGGCCUCGGCCUUCUGCAGCCUGUUCACGGAGCAGGAAUGGCGCGACUUUGAGUACCAGAUCGAGCUGCAGUUCUACGGCGACUACGGCUUCGGGUCGCCCUCCGGUCGCGCGCAGGGGAUCGGAUACGUGCUGGAGCUGGCGGCGCGGCUGGAGGCCAAGCUGAUCUUCGCCAGCGACACGAGCAUCAACUACACCUACGACGACAACACGGCGCAGUUCCCCCUCCACCAGCCGCUGUACAUGGACAUGUCGCACGACGACAUCAUCCUCUCCGUCCUCACCGCGCUGGGCCUGUCGUACUUUCGCUACGGGCCAGAUGGCCUCCCCGAGGAUGUCGCUCACGCCCCCGAACCCCGGACCUUCCACCUCAACGAGAUGACCCCCUUUGGCGCCCGUCUGGCCUCGGAGGUCUGGACGUGUCCCGCGGGUGUCUCGUUCGACGAGCUGGCCCCCGUGCUCUACCGCAACCCGGACCUGUCGGCAACGCCGAAUACCACCGACUACCUCCGCUUCGUGCUCAACAAUGCUCCCCUUCCGCUCGACGGGCUGGCCAGCUGCGCGAAUUCCAGCCAGGGGUUCUGUCCGCUGCAGGAUUUCUUGCAGGGGGUGCCCCAGCUGCAUGAGGAGGCGGAGUACCAGUAUUCUUGUUUUGGGAAUUAUACCACGGGGCAUCAAGUGGGGGAUGGUGUUCCUGAGUAG